CUCCUCCCUUUGGUUGCUUGGAGAUCCUCCUGAGGGGAAAAGGGAAGGAGUCCAAGAUGGCGGCGGCCGUGGCGGCUGAGGCGGAAGGGAGCGCGGCGCCGGGAGGAAGGAGCGCCGCGGCGGAGGCGGCUGCCGGAGGAGGAGCCUCUCUGCGGGGCGAGUGAGGCAGGCCUUUCCCUCCCGCCUUCCCUCCUUCCCUGCCUUGGUCGUCCAGGAUGUUUUCCGCGCUGAAGAAGCUGGUGGGCUCGGAGCAGCCGGGCGCCGCGGGGAGGGAGAGGCCCAUCCCGGCGGGGCUCCAGUCCAUGAACCAGGCCCUCCAGCGCCGCUUCGCCAAAGGCGUCCAGUACAACAUGAAAAUUGUCAUCCGCGGGGACAGGAACACAGGAAAGACCACUCUGUGGCAUCGUCUUCAGGGAAAGAAGUUUGUUGAGGAAUAUAUUCCGACUCAGGAGAUCCAGGUCACCAGCAUCCACUGGAAUUAUAAAACCACUGACGAUAUUGUGAAAGUUGAAGUCUGGGAUGUUGUCGACAAAGGCCAAAAAGUCAACCUGCGUGACUCCUUGGGCAAGUGCAAAAAGCGCGGAGAAGGCUUGAAACUAGAGAACGACCCUCAGGAGGCAGAAGCAGAGAUGGCUCUUGAUGCUGAGUUCCUGGAUGUUUACAAAAACUGCAAUGGCGUUGUGAUGAUGUUUGAUAUUACCAAACAGUGGACUUUUAACUACAUCCUGAGAGAACUUCCCAAAGUGCCGACCCACGUUCCAGUCUGCGUGCUUGGGAACUACCGGGACAUGGGCGAGCACCGGGUGAUCUUGCCGGACGAUGUGCGGGAAUUCAUUGACAACCUGAACAGGCCUCCUGGCUCUUCAUAUUUUCGCUAUGCUGAGUCUUCCAUGAAGAACAGCUUUGGCCUCAAGUACCUGCACAAAUUCUUCAACAUCCCCUUCUUGCAGUUGCAGCGAGAAACGUUGCUGCGUCAGCUGGAGACCAACCAGCUUGACAUCGACGCCACCCUGGAGGAGCUCUCAGUCCAGCAAGAGACCGAAGACCAGAACUACGAAAUCUUCCUUGAAAUGAUGGAGGCCCGAAGCCGCGGGCACACCUCUCCUCUCGCAGCCAACGGGCAGAGUCCAUCCUCAGGCUCUCAGUCUCCGGUGGUCCCUCCGGGCAAUGCCUCUGGAAGCUCCAGCCCCAGCACCCCCCAGCCUCCGUUCCCCUUGUCCCAGCACAGCCCAGCCAACCCAGUUGCCCCCCCAGAACCCCUUGCGCCUCAGACACUCAUCCUGCCGCCAGAGAGCCAGCCGCCCCCCAUGGCCAGCCCUUCCGUGGCAGCAGCCGCUGCACCGCCUCCAAAACGCAGCAUCAUCUCACGGCUCUUUGGGAUGGCAUCUACUCCAGAGGUGCCCCCGCCACCUCCAGAUCCUGCCCUCGGUGCUCCUGCUGCUGGUGUCCCUCUGAAAGUGCAGAGCGUGGAGGACUUUGUUCCUGAAGAGAGCCUGGACCGCAGCUUCCUGGAGGACCCUGCCCCACAGAGAGACAAGGGGAGGCUCAUGGCAAAGGCCCCUCACGGCGAUAGCGACAGUGACCGGGAUGCUCCUGGAGGGAACCCACUUGUGGCAGGCUUCCAGGAUGACCUGGACCUAGAUGACCGCCUCUCCGGCAGACCCUCUUCCGCCCCAGAACUGGUCCCAAGCAAAAACAUCACCCUAUCGAGUGAGGAGGAAGAGGAGGAGGAAGAGCAGUCCAAAUUCACCGUGGCUGUGGAUGAAGACGUUGGUCACGAGGAAGAGAUGAAACGAUCUUCCAAAAAGUCCUCAAAGCCCCCAGAGCCAGCAGCCUCUACCAAAGCAUCUGACCCGAAGGCUCCCUUCUCCACGGCCCAGCUGGGGUUUGAGCAAAAUAGCGGCAGCGCCUUCUCCACAGCCGUUCUGCGUCCAGAGGUUGCCCCUGCAGCAGCGUCACUCCAGCCUUUCAAAGCCCCUUCCCACAGCAAGGUCUCUGCUUCCAAACAGAAGGGGGACAGAGUCGAGGAGUCAGAGAGCGACCCUGAGGGGCCCAUUGCCACGCAGAUGCUCUCCUUCGUAAUGGACGAUCCGGACUUUGAAAGCGAAGAGUCAGACAGCCAGAAGAAGAGAGGGGAGGAAUUUCCAGUAAGAGAGGAUCUCUCGGACAUCUCUGACGAAGAAACCCCUCCAAAGCCCCCACAGCCAGCCAAGCCCAUAAUCCACAGUUUCAAGAUGAAGAACGACUCCGAUCUCUUUGGUUUGGGCCUCGGCGAGCCUGGUCCCAAAGAGAGCAGCGAGGAAGAUAAAGAGAAGCAAUCUUCCAAAGAGAAGAAGAAGAAAAAGAAGCGGAGCAACAAAGAGGAGGAAGAGAAAGCGGCGGUCAAGAAGAAGAGCAAGCCGAAGAAGGUGAAAGAGAAGGAGGAAAGCAAAGAGGAGAAGGAGAAGAAGAAGAGGAAGAAGCGGGGCAAAGAGAAGAACAGUGGCAUUGACGAACUGGAGGCGUUCCUGGGGGGUGGUGGGGCCGGACCCAGCAAGCAGCGCGGAGGAGGAGACUAUGAGGAACUGUAGCCCCUCUGGACAAAAAGACCCUCAGCAUAUCUCACACACCAGGAUGAUGGCCGAUUGUGACUGAGCCAGAGUAAUAUGGAAGGGGGGGGGGAUGAAGCUGCUGUGGGGUUUUCCC